CAUAGAAACCGUGUCUGUUUACAACCACUCCUUUCAGCAUGGCUCCAUCUCCAUGUUUGCAGCUUGAAGUAAUCGGCUGCAUUACAGAUCCAACGUUUUACCAGGCAAAAUGUGCAGCAGAGGAGCUGAAACGGACAUAUCCUUCUGAAAUCAGUGAGCCAGUCAUUCGCCCACUUCUGGAGUUUGCCUGGGAUAUGUUCUUAUCUCAGAAAAAGAAGGAGCUUAAAGGUGACAUGUGGGGCUUCUCCUCCCAUGUCAUGUGCUUUAUCAAUGGCCAGCUUAUUGGAGAUGAGAAAGAUUUCCUCAAGUGGGCAGAAAAUGUAUUUGGCUAUGAAGAUUUCAGACCAAAAGCUCUAUAUGAUGCUAUAGCUGAAGAUUUUUAUUCUGACUACCUGAAGGACAGUCAGCAUACAUUUGUUUACAUGGACAUUUCCAUUGAUCAGAAACCCAUUGGGAGAUUGUUAUUUGAGCUUUUUACAGAUGUCUGUCCAAAGACUUGCAGAAAUUUUGAGGAACUUUGCACAGGAGAGGCAGGUUUCUCUCCUACAAACAUUCGACUGUGUUAUCAAGGAAGUAUAUUUCACAGGCUGGUGAAGGAUACUUGGAUUCAAGGAGGAGACAUUCUCAAAGGUAGAGGAGAUGGUGGAGUAUCGAUAUACGGAAAAACAUUUGAAGAUGAGACCUUUGCAAUCUCUCACUGCAAGAGAGGAAUUCUUGGAAUGGCUAACAAGGGACGGCACACGAACGGAAGCCAGUUUUAUAUCACACUGCAGCCAACUCUUUGGAUGAACACCAAAUUUGUAGCUUUUGGACAACUGGUAGCAGGCACAGAGGUUCUCGAGGAAUUGGAAUCAGUUUCCACGUAUAAUGAGAGACCAACAGUGGAAUGUAAAAUCACAGACUGUGGCCGUAAUUCUCCCUAAAUGUCAUUACUCUUAGUUUGGCAAACACAUUAUAACCUGGGUCUCUUGUCUAUUAUUUAUUAUCCUCACGGUUACAUGUUUCCUUGUUUGACAUAUACAAUGUGGGGUCUUUAAUACUCUGUGGUAAAUUAUAUAUGAAUGAAGGUGAAGAUUAUCAAUGCCAACAGACUUGGGAAAGAGUUUCAUAAACUCUAAUCAGAAAAAAAAUUCCUAAUCUGAGGCUGCAACUUACUAUUGCUGGUAUUUGCAUAUUAAUCCUUGCCGUGUGGAAGUCCUGUGUCUGCUAGUUUAACAAGCAAGACCCCUCAUUACUUUUCGGAUAUAAACAUGAACUAACUGCACAGAGGCCAGUAUCCCAUCACCAAGUCGCCCUGUAUAUACUUGUGCACAGUACACCAACAGCGGCCCAACCAGAUCAGAGUCAGUCGCUGAAGCCAGGAGAUUCUAAUUUCCUUGUUGUACUGGUCAGCCAGGGCUUUCAUGAUUGGCUCAGGUUAACAACCCCAGUCAACAACUUUGCUAUCAAAGAGGUCAACCCAGUUCCAAACUCCCCACCGCUCCCCCACUAAAUCCAGGGAUGUAAGCCUGGAUUUUCACUGUAGCUUUUCCUGCAAUGUUUUUGUCCCAAGUCCAAUUCCUCUGAUUCGGACUGUGAUACCGUUGCAUUUGUAUCCAUGGGAACUGGGUGACCAUUUAACCAAACAUUAAUUUUAAAUCAGUUUCAAUUUGGAUGUAGCUAAGCAACUUAAUCGUUCCAACUCACAUUUAGGGGAUUUCCUAUAGUGUGAACUGUCCUGGGUACAUGUCUGUAAGCUUUUUUACUCAAGUUAGGCCUUGUAGGAUUUCUUCGCUGUCUUAAGUCCGCAUACCAGCAGCAACUACAAUCACUUGCCGGCCCAGAUCCUGAAAAACUUAUUAGCCACUUGGCCAAACAUCAUCAGUGUUAUGGGGUUCUGCUGUUGUCUGGCCUAGGGUCCCUCUACUCAGGAUGUGCCCUGUGUCAGGUCUGUGAUUGACUUCACUCAAGUGGCAUUCCACAGAUCAAGUCAGAGAGGUGAGGGUGUCCUCUUCGGUUGGGGUGCCCUGUAGCUCCCAUGCCCCCCUUGCUGCAUUUUCUAAUGUUUGAAGUCCAGUUGGACUUCAGCUAGUAGGCACUUCUAUAUGGUUACAUCAUUAAUCUGACAUAUCAAGUGUCUCUCAGCACCUCAUUCAGUGUAACCCAAAAUCAUAAGCUUCUGCCAGUCAUCUCAACCUCGUCAAAAGUCCCAGUACAGAUUCUCCCCAGUUCUCAGAAAGCCAAAUACAGCCAAUAACAUCUCAGAAUUAGAGGAGACAGCAAGAACUGCAGAUUCUGGAGUCAGAGAUAACAGUGUGGAGCUGGAGCAACACAGCAGGCCAGGCAGCAUCAGAGGAACAGGAAAGCUGACAUUUCAGGUCAGGAUCCUUCUUCAGAAAAAAUCUGAAAUCUGACAGAAAAGAUAUUGCAUUCUUUCCAUAUACUGGGCCCAGUCUUUGACAACAGGAUCAAAUGAGUCAAGCUUUCCAACUAAAGGCAUGGGGCCAGAAAUGCUUACCCCAAGUCCAGGAUGACAGUUGCAAGCAAACAUUCUUCAGGUACUUCCUUUGAAUGUUGUAACUUUACCUGUAUCCACGACUUCCUCUGGAAGUUCAUUUCACACUUGAGCCACUCUCUGUGAGAAAGUUGGCCCACAUGUUUUGUUUAAAAUCUUCUCUCACUGUUUCCUCUGGCAGCUCAUUCUAUACAUGCUCCACCCUCUGUGUGAAAAUAUUGCCCUCAGAUAUCUUUUAAAUCUUUCCCUCCCACUUUAAACCUAUGCCCUCUAGUUUUGGACUCCCCUACCCUAGAAAAAGACCAGGGCUGUUCACCCUAUCAAUGCCCCUCAUGAUUUUAUUAUCUUCUAUAAGGUCACCCCUCAGCCUCCUACGCUCCAAGGAAAACUGUCCCAGCUUGUCCAGCUUCUUCUUAUAACUCAAAUCUGUUAUUUCACAGGAACAUAAAUCUCAUCUAUGAAGCAUCUUUAUACUGUUAAUUGGUAGCCCUAAAUUACUGCUUCAAGCUUAAUUAGUAAUUCAUACAUAAAUGCAAAAAUGUUUUGAAACUUCCAGGGAGGUUAAGAGUGACUUGUGGUUAUUCCAAGGCCAAAUUGUUCAGCAAUUUGCAACCAUUCACAAAGCAUGGAUUACCUCUUUAUACAAAUUUCUGGACAGUUUACACACUAAUAAAGAUGAGCUCAUUAAACGAA